UUAUCCCUUGUAUCGCAGUUUUUCGCCAUGCCUGAGUUUGCCAAGUCCACUCCUGCCCCGAAGAAGGGUUCCAAGAAGGCGGUGACCAAGGCCCAGAAAAAAGAUGGUAAGAAGCGCAAGCGCAGCCGCAAGGAAAGUUACUCGGUGUACGUCUACAAGGUGCUGAAGCAGGUCCACCCGGACACCGGUAUCUCGUCUAAAGCCAUGGGCAUCAUGAAUUCGUUCGUUAACGACAUUUUCGAGCGCAUCGCGGGCGAGGCGUCGCGCUUGGCGCAUUACAACAAGCGCUCGACCAUCACCUCCAGGGAGAUCCAGACGGCCGUGCGCCUGCUGCUGCCUGGCGAGCUGGCCAAGCACGCCGUGUCUGAGGGCACCAAGGCUGUCACCAAGUACACCAGCUCCAAGUGA